GCUGCAGGUAGAUUCAGGUUACGUGCUCCGCUUCACGCGCAGUUUUUCCUUCUUCAGUGUGAAGUUACUUCUCCAGUGUGUGUGUGCGUGUUUUGUGUCUGUGUGUGAAAACACCUGAGACACCGGAAGUGUUUGAUUAGUUGUUUUUCCUCUCAAAAGUGGAAUGUUUGUUUGGCAUCUUCACUUCCUGAGAUGAGCUGAGGAUCCACAGGUGCAGGUAAAGCUGGCGUGAUGUCAGGAUGCCUAGAGUCCGAUCGUUACGGUGAUGUCCUCCCGGCUGCUACAGGUGGCGAUGUCUCACCUGCAGAGGACGUAGGGGACGCGGGGUCGUUUCUGGGUCUGUCCCAGUCAUCUUUUAUUUUCACCUCCUCUCUGCUGGAGUCAAGUGACGGGAGCGCGAGGCAGGAGGACGUGGACGGCAGCGGAGACGGAGACCUCCGGGGAUGUGGACAGUUGGAGACGAGGUGGGUACUUUGGCAUAAGUUCAUGAAGGAGCACGCCCACCUGGAUGCUUGGCUGCGAUUGGCUGAACACGCCAUUGAUUCCCCAAACUCCGCCCCCGUCACCUACACUGCUGCCAGAGAACAACUCAGGAUGUUUGAGAGGCUGCGCAGCGAGGCAGGAUCUCGGCUCGUCCAGCUGGACGGUCUGACCCACAGGAAUCGAACACUGACUCGACUCUUCUUCGGUGCCAUGCGGUCUCGGCUGCUGGCGUUGGCGAGAGAGUGCGGCCGGCGGUGGGACGACGUGAACGCUCAGCUGGAGUCCGUCACAGCGCGGCUGAAGCAUUUUGUUUCAGAGUGGGAGGGGUUUGAGGCAGAGGGGGAGGAGCUUGCUCUGUGGCUGGCCAACCUGGACGUCCGUCUGACGGAGGUGGAUCACCUGAAUGAUAACACCUGUGAGAAGCUGAGACGCCUGCAGUCCUUCCAGCAGUGUGUGUGUGAGAACUCGGGCCGUGUUAAUGCCCUCCUUCAGCGCGGCGAGGAGUUAAUUCUGCGCAGCGAGCCGAGUGACGCUCAGCGCAUAGAGAGCCACCUGCUGGAGCUGCUGCGCCACUGCAGCCAGGUCUACAACAACAUCGCACGGACACACACGCGACUGCUCAGCAUGAGACUGGUGUUUGACAAUGACUGGAUCUGGUCUCAGGCCUCAGACUCUGGUUGUCCGUCAGAGACUCUGUUCGAGGAGGAGGGUGUGUUUGAUAAACCGCACCUGGACGUCCCUGCACUUUCGGAGCACCUCAAAGAUUUCAGCCAAUCAGCUCCCCCCACUCUUCCCCCCUCAGACUCGUCCUCACCUGUUUACCUCCCCCCUCCCACUUCAUCGUCUCCUGUCCACGAGCACCUUGGGCUGGAGUGGGACCCGUCAGUCGAUAUCGGCCGCUCUGUUUCCUGCGAUGACAGCGACUCGUCGUAUUUCAGCGGCAGCACAGGACGGUGUCACAGGGGCAAUCUGAAGAGAUGGAGUUACCUUAGUUGUCAGUCUGACAUCAGCCACGACAACACAGACCAGGAAGCAGCCAUGCGCCGCAGAUGGUUAGACCACGCCCACCCUGGCAUCUUCUCACCAGCUGCGACAAAGGAAGCCGAGUCGCGGGUGAGCGGGGAACGCUGGGCGACUUCAACGCCUGACAGAUGUGACAGCGACCCAAUCAGCUUCGGUGGCCGCCGUGUGAGGGCGUGGCUGGGUGUCCAGAGCCCCGCCCCCUCAGAGGGGAGAACAUUGUAUUCCAAAGCAGUGCAGACUGACGAGGAGGUGAAGGGUGAAGAAGAGUCCUCCUGUUGUGUGGAGGAAGACUGUCAUUUCUCUGAAAAAAGCAGGGCCACCGCCACCUCUGGCUCCUCCUUCGUCUUCUCCUCACCCUCUCACCUCGCCCUCCUCCUGGUCGCGGCUCUGGCCCUGCUCAUCUCUCUGGUCUGGGUCGUCCAAGAAUCGCCCUGCCACCGCAGCAGCAGGGUCGCUCAUGGCUACCACCUGACACUGAGAUAUGUCAACGGGCCCCCGCCCACCUGAGCCCCACCCGCAGACUCUCAGGAACACGAUGUGGAUGAAGCACUUUUCCUUCAGGUUUGCAGCUCCUUGUGUGAUGUGAGGAAAAACAAGGAAAGAAGGUGCUUGUUUGUGGAAAAAGACGAGGAAACCUGCUGCUUCCACAGACACUGCACCAGCAGUUAGUUUCAAUCACUUCCUCUGCACCUGCCUCCUUCACCGGGUUAAUGAUUUUAAUUUGCAGACCACUUCAGUUUGUCCCGGGUUCUGCUGACAAUAUGCAAGUCCCAAAUUAACUCAGCAACAAAAAACCCUCUCUGAGUAAACAAAGAUAAUUCCUUCACUCUGCUGUUAAACUCUUUUUCCACUGAUGCUGCGGGAGGUGGUGAUCACUGUCUGAGGCAGAUUUAUACAGCAGUGAUAACAAAGUGUGUGUGUGUGUGUGUGAGUGUAAAUAUCAUAAAUGUAAGAUUUUCAAGGGAAAUAAUCAGUUUAAUCAUACCAUGACUGACGCUGAGUGACUAAUAAAUGUCAUCAAAAUGAAAAUGUUCCCCUAAAAUCAGUAUGAAAUAAAAAAAUUCAGUUUUCACAAAUAUAAACCGCUAAAAUAAAAAAUUUAAAUUCCUUCAUGGAGGGGUGUGACCACACAUCAUUAGAUAAACGGUGACAGAUUCAGAAAUUCAACCUUAGCAUCACAUCAAGUUAAAUAAGUCCAAUACAAGUGACGGUUGUUUUGAAUUUUUGUUUAUUCAUGUUUAGAAAAUGUCCGAAACAGAUCUUCACUUGAAUUUACUACCCUGUUAAAUCAUUAGAGGACAAAAAUGUCCAUAAUGCAGCCUGAGGGUUAAUUAGAGUUGCACUUUUAAUUCGUUAUUGACUACUAAAUGAAUUGACUAUAUUAAUCUAUUUAUAUACCCGAUGAAUCCCUUUUGAAUGUUUCUGUAUUUCAGCUUUUUCAAUGUGAAUAUGUCACCAGAUUUAUAGAGCAGACGACUAACUGAUUGAGAAAAUAAUAAAUAAUACAAGAUUUAUUAGGCAAUUAAUGGAUUAAUUGUUGUAGCUUCAGAGAAAUAUAAUUAGUUCUUUAUUGGACAUUAAUACAAAAGUGGUUCCAUAAGAACGCAACGUUGAUGUCACAUUCUGACGUUUAUGAAGAUGAAAUAUCUCUACUAAUAAUGUAGCUCAUGUAAAUCAUGCGGUGUGUGCGUAAUUGCUGUACAUGUACACGUGAUGCCUGCAAAGGGAACAUGUGAAGUUGUGAGUGAACACAACUUCACAUGAACUCAAAACAUCUGAAGGCGCCAGUACAUUGACCUUAAACUGCCAUGUGUUACUUCAUUAAAGCAAUUGUAUUUAUAUAUUUUUUUAUACCAAAUGAACAUUCGCAGUACAGUUACCUAAAAGAUAAUAUUGAGUUUGUUUAUUUCUAUGCGCUUUACACCACUUUCUAAUGCAUGUUUUAGUAGUGUUAGUGUUUGUCUCUUGCAGCCUUUGCUGUAUGAAAUGAAUGUGCAGAGGCAUGAAGCUUUUUGCAGAGCAAUACUGCGUCACAGUCCAGAUCGAAGUCUUUAUCAUGUUGUUCUUUUGAGUUGAGUCAUUGUUUGUCAGUUAGAAAAGAACAAUAAUCCCACCUGGACCAGAAUGAAAGUGCUCAGAUGACAAAUGAUUAGUCUACAGGUAGUUUCUUGUUUUUUGUGAGUUGUUCUUUAAAGACGUGGACGUGAACACAUUUGUCUGUUUGCACAGGUGGACGUGUUGACACAAGCAAAACGUGUGUGUUCAGUCUGUUUGGACUUAAUGUCUAUAAAUCACGUGAAGUACAGCUGAUAAAACAUGGAGUCUGAAAAAGGAGUGCAGAAUGAGUUUGCUUUUUUUUUUUUACCUUUUUCAUUUUUUACUUUCCUGUUGCAGUUUAACAACGUUCUUGCCCGUUUUAUUUUGUGUAGAGAUGCACAGUUUCAGAACUGAUGUCGGUCGAACAACAUCAGUACAACCUGAAUUAGUGAGGAGGAAAACAUUCAUAUUCUCAGGUUUUGUAUGAUUGAUCCAGUGCUUAAUGGGCCAAUUCACUAGCUUAGCAUUAGCUUGUUGCUGGUGCAAGUUGCUCAUUUUACCUGUGUGAAACUGGUCAGUCGUAGCCUCAACUACAUAAGUCAUGUGUAAUGAAUUUUAACAACUUUUGUUGUAAACAUGACUUUUGUCUGACACCGACAAUAAGGGACAGGCAUGGGCGUCCAUUUUGGCCCCAUGUGCACUAGGAUUCAGUUGUUUAUUCUGGCAUAUAAAAAUUUUAACAAUGUUAUGUUCAGGGAUUAUUGUUCGAAUUGGGAUAAUAGUUUGGGUUAGAGACUAAGGUUGUUUAGUGGAGCAUUGCUUGGUUAAGGGUAGGGACUAACUUACAGGUAGUGCUAACUAGCUAGCUCAGCAGGAGGGCUUAAUCAGUGUAACUUGGUUUAUUAAAAUGUCCACUGAAAUGAUUUGGCAACUGAAGUUUUUCUUUAAAAGAAUAAUCCCACACACAGGCAAAUAGCGUAUUGAUUAAACACUGGUGUCUGAUCAAUACUCUUUGUAUCUGUGUCACAUCAGGACUGAAAAUCCGUUUGGUGCAUCUCAAACAUUGUGUUUUUUAAAUGACUGCAGAUUUUUGUUUGACUCAAUAUUUUGUCACGUUUCGUUUUUCCAUGUUAGUUUUGUUUUUUAAAGAAAAAAAAAAUCAUUGAUUCAUCUGUCAGAAAUGCGUAUGUGAAACAAAACGUCUCAUUUUCUCAGGUGACCAUUAUGAUGAAGUGAGUUUUGGACAGUUUGCUGCCAUUUGACCAGUUUAGUUGAAGCCUUUGUUCUUGAUGCAACAAAAACAGACAUGUUCAUUCGAAUGUUUUUACAUGUUUAAAGACGCAAUAAAAAUUUGUGAAUAAAACUCUGAAA